AUGUUGACUGUAGCAAAGGGACUAACUAGCUAUGAAGAAAUCAGGAAGGUCAGUGAAACACAAUAUGAAACCUUUCGAGAAGCAUGCUUUGCAAUGGGAUUUUUAGAUGAUGAUCGAGAAUACAUUUGUGCGUUAAAGGAGAAAGAAUCAUGGAUUAUAUUGUCGGAUGGUCUCUUGUACGAGCAAAAACUCAUUGCCAACAAUCCAGAUUUAACAUUACCGGAUGAGGCAAUCCAGCAGCUGACAUUGAUAGAGAUCGAAAAAAUGCUGCAACUGAACCAUCGUACUCUACAUGAUUACAAGCCCAUCCCUUAUCCAAAUGGCUAUGUUAUUCAACAGUUGGGAAAACGACUUAUAUACGAUGAAAGACAGUACAAUAUCCAGGACAUGAAGGCGGAAUUUGAUAAGCUAUUCAAAUGUCUCACUGAUGAACAGAGGAAGAUUUAUGACCAAAUAAUGGAUGUCGUUAACAAACAGAAAGGUGGUGUCUUCUUCCUGCACGGUUAUGGCGGAACCAGUAAGACAUAUAUGUGGAGAACACUUGCAAGUGUAUUGAGAUCUAAGCAUGAGAUUUGUCUUACUGUUGCAACAAGUGGGAUAGCAUCUCUUUUGUUGCCAGGAGGUCGUACAGCUCAUUCAAAGUUCAAGUUGCCGGUUCCAUGUGUCGAAAACUCAACUUGCAAAAUUAAUUUCAAUGACGACAGCGCUGGUCUUCUGAGGGAGGCAAAUCUAAUUAUAUGGGACGAGGCACCAAUGGCACACAAAUAUUGUUUUGAAACGCUGGACAGGACUUUGAAGGAUGUCAUGAGUAAUUACAGUAACUCCGAUUCUGUUUUCGGCGGGAAGGUUGUGAUUUUUGGUGGGGAUUUCCGUCAGAUAUUACCCGUUGUACCCGGAGGAAGCCGUUCUGAAAUUAUCCAUUCAACGAUUAACGCUUCUUACAUUUGCGGACCAAGUGAACAAGAUAAAAAGGAAAUUGUAGAUUUUUCAGAUUGGCUUUUAAAGAUAGGAGAGGGAAGAAUUUCGAAACCUAACGAUGGUUAUGCCAACAUUGACAUACCGCCCGAAUUGUUAAUUACAAACUUCAAUGACCCUAUUCUUGCCAUCGUCGAGAGUACAUAUCCUUAUUUCUUAAAUUGUUACCAAUCGUGUGAUUAUCUCAAAAAUAGGGCCAUUCUUGCUUCCACUUUGGACAUUGUUGACAAAAUCAAUGACCAUGUCCUUGCCAUGAUGCCAGGGGAAAUACGAGAUUACUACAGCUCUAACUCAGUUGAUCGAUCAGAAAUUCAUGACAGCAACAUUCUUCAAGUGCUGAGCCCAGAAUUCCUAAGCUCUUUAAGAACUUCUAGCCUACCCAACCAUCACUUAAAGUUAAAGGUUGGAACACCAAUCAUGCUUAUGCGAAACAUUGAUCAAUCACAAGGUCUAUGUAAUUGGACGAGGCUUAUAGUAACUAAAAUGGCUACUCAUGUCCUUGAGGCCAAAUUGAUGGGUGAUAACAAUAAUGGAAAGGUUAUAUACAUCCCGCAAAUGGAUAUGUCCCCAUCUCAAUCUCCAUGGCCAUUCAAGUUAUCGAGACGCCAAUUUCCAGUUAUUAUAGCCUAUGCCAUGACCAUUAACAAAUCACAAGGCCAAUCAUUGGAUUGGGUUGGACUUUAUACCUCGUGA